CGGGCCCGGAGUCGGCAUGAAUCGCUGCUGGGCGCUCUUCCUGUCUCUCUGCUGCUACCUGCGUCUGGUCAGCGCCGAGGGGGACCCCAUUCCUGAGGAGCUCUACGAGAUGCUGAGCGACCACUCGAUCCGCUCCUUCGAUGACCUCCAGCGCCUGCUGCACGGAGACUCCGUAGAUGAAGAUGGGGCCAAGCUGGACCUGAAUUUGACCCGGUCCCACUCUGGAGGCGAGCCGGAGAGCUUAUCCCGUGGGAGAAGAAGCCUAGGUUCCCCCGAGGUGGCCGAGCCAGCCAUGAUCGCUGAGUGCAAGACUCGCACCGAGGUGUUCGAGAUCUCCCGGCGCCUCAUCGACCGUACCAACGCCAACUUCCUGGUGUGGCCGCCGUGCGUGGAGGUGCAGCGCUGCUCUGGCUGCUGCAACAACCGCCACGUGCAGUGCCGGCCCACGCAGGUGCAGCUGCGGCCCGUCCAGGUGAGAAAGAUCGAGAUCGUGCGGAAGAAGCCGACCUUUAAGAAGGCCACGGUGACCCUGGAAGACCACCUGGCGUGCAAGUGUGAGACGGUGACGGCCGCACGACCUGUGACCCGAAGCCCUGGGAGUUCCCAGGAGCAGCGAGCCAAGACGCCCCAGACUCGGGUAACCAUCCGGACAGUGCGCGUCCGCCGGCCCCCAAAGGGGAAGCACCGGAAGUUCAAGCACACACACGACAAGCAGGCGCUGAAGGAGACCCUCGGAGCCUAGGGGCGUCCGCAGCAGGGUGUGGGCAGGGUUAUUUAAUAUGGUAUUUGCUGUAUCGCCCCCAUGGGGUCCUUGGAGUGAUAAUAUUGUCCCCUCGUCCGUCUGUCUCGAUGCCUGAUUCGGACGGCCAAUGGUGCUUCCCCCGCCCCUCCGCCAGCGGCUCUCCCCUCAGCGGCCUCCAGCGUCUUGCCCGGAAGCUCGAGGAGGAAACAAAAGACCCGGACUCCGUCGCUGUCUGCCCCCCGGCCCCGAGAACCCGAGAUGAGAGCACAGGAGAGACUGAUGGCUUCGCCGUUUGGGGAAUGGGGCUCUCUUCCCCAGCGCCCGGCCCGGGCCACACCCGAACUCUGUGGACAGGCCCGAGACCCUGCACGUGGCCCUGAGGACCUCUAGGCAUGGCCUGCCCGGCCCCGGAGCCCCAGCCAGCUCUGAAGGGAACACCGCCAGGCAGGCCUGGGCACCUCGUACUCCUGCGGCUGAGACCACGUGGCAGAGCACAGACUGGAGAAACCCCUCCUGCGGUGCCCGGGCCUGGUCCCCUCUGCGUGGUCCCCUCUGCUCACAGUGGCUCCCUUUCAUUUUAUACGUAUGAAAUCUUUGAAGAUGUGGACUCCUCUGGGUGUGCGUGGCCAGGGCGCCAGGCAGCCGAGUGCCCUCUCAGAUGGGUCAGAGUUGAAGUUUGCUCUGGAGGUGGACGUAGAUGGUGACCUGGGCACCCGCCGCCUCCACCACUCCCCUUCACUUCCACCUCUGUUUCAUCUCUCUACCUCUCCCCUGCAUCUUCCUCUUGGCCCUCAGUCUGCUCCACCAAGGGGCUCUUGGACCCCUUAUUGAGGCCCCAAAUAACCCCAGUCACUGCUCCAUAGGGCAGAAGACCAGGGGCCAGGGCAGCAGGGGGCCUGCCCAUCGUAUCCCAGCCCAGCCAAGACUGCCACGUAAGGUUGUGCAGGGUGUGCAUUGCACAAGGGCACUGCAUGCAGGGAGCACCAUUCACACCGUAGACGUGGCCAAUUUGUAUAUUUAUUGUGACAGUUUCCUGGCUGAUGGAGGUAACAUGUCUUGAGGAAAGGAAUCCUUUCCCUAAUUGACACAAAGUCUCCAUGGGGACUGGCCGUGCCCCUGACCCAGCCCAUGGCUUGGAGUGGUCGGACGGGAGUGUGCCCUUGUUGGCGGGGGAGGCACAGUGUUGUCCAUCUGGCCUCCGUUUCCCUGAGUCCUCAGCUUGAGCCGUCCGCCUUCCAGGCAGGUUUGAAAAACCCAAGAGAAGGUCUCCAAGGGAGGGGGCCGCCCUUGCUCCCCACCUGCACACUCCCCCAUCUUGGAUCCUUUUGAUUUCCACCUCUGGUGGCUCCUCGCAGGAAACCAGCUCAUGGGCUGGGAGUAGGGGAGUGAGGGAAGAAGACCCCGGGGCCCCCUAGGGGUGGGGUUUGACUCCCGCCUCCUUCCCCACCUUCCACUGCGCUUUCCCCUUCCCCCCUCUCCAAAAUCUGCUUCCUUCAGUUUGUAAAGUCGGUGAUUAUAUUUUUGGGGGCUUUCCUUUUAUUUUUUAAAUGUAAAAUUUAUUUAUAUUCCGUAUUUAAAGUUGUAAAAAAAAUAACCACACAACAAAACCAAAUGAGUCCCCGGAGGUCUGUCUGUUGGCAUCGUGCGUGACAGUUACCCUUUCCGCCUUGGCAGGAUUUGCCAACAGCUUGCUACGUGUUCCUCUCGCUCUUGGAGGCCCAGGCGCACACUUGUGCACACACACACGCUCACACAUGCGUGCACACGCACACGGGCCAACUGCUCCGGGGGAGGCCUCUGUCUGGGGCGGGUAAGAGUCAGCCCACUCUUAGGCCCUGGUCCUGCAGCAGCUCCUGACGCCCAGACCCCAGGUCCCAGCCCUGUGCCUGUCGCUGGUGGUGACAAGAGAUGCCUGU